UUGUAGGUAGAGCACAUGCUAAAUGAUAGGUUAAUGCAAUUUGUCAAUAUUGAUUUGCAAGAUGUCAAGGAAGCGCGGAAACGUUUUGACAAAGUUUCUGUCACAUAUGAUCAGGCACGUGAGAAGUUUCUUUCAUUGAAGAAGAGCACUAGGGUUGAUGUAGCUGCUGUGGUAGAGGAGGAAUUGUACAAUGCAAGAUCCUCAUUUGAGGAAGCCCGCUUCCAACUGGUCAGUUCUCUCUCUAAUGUUGAAGCCAAAAAGAGGUUUGAGUUUUUGGAGGCCAUUAGUGGGACAAUGGACGCUCACCUUCAAUUCUUCAAAAAGGGAUAUGAGCUAUUACAUCAUAUGGAACCCUUCAUUAACCAGGUCUUGGCUUAUGCACAAAAGUCAAGAGAAUCUUCCAACUAUGAGCAGGAAUCUCUUCAUAGAAGGAUGCAGGAGUAUAUAAGGCAGAUUGAUCGAGAAAGUAAGAAAUCCUUGAAUGGUUCUAAUGGUUCUCCCAAGGGAGACAGAAAAACAAGACCUUUUCCAAGGAAUUCAAAUAAAGUGAUAGAGGCAGUUAUGCAAUCUGCCGCCAAGGGAAAGGUUCAAACCAUUCGACAAGGAUAUCUCUCAAAGCGGUCUUCUAAUUUGAGAGCGGAUUGGAAGAGAAGAUUUUUUGUUCUUGAUAGCCGAGGGAUGCUGUAUUAUUAUCGGAAACCAUGGAGCUGGAAUUCUGCAUCUGCAAAUCUCGCUUCUGCACAGAAAAAUAAUCAAUCUGAAAAUGGUCAUGGGUUGCUGAGCCGGUGGCUUUCUUCUCAUUACCACGGCGGUGUAAACGAUGAAAAAUCUGCAGCACAACACACUGUGAAUCUUUUGACCUCAACAAUUAAGGUUGAUGCCGAUCAGUCAGAUUUAAGGUUCUGCUUCAGGAUUAUCUCUCCAACAAAAGUCUACACUUUACAGGCAGAGAAUGCGGCAGACCAAAUGGACUGGAUCGAUAAAAUAAAUGGAGUAAUUGCUUCUCUACUGAGUUUUCAGAUGCCGGAGAGGAGUCUUUCUGCUGAUCCCAUUGAAUUCGAUUAUUGCUCGGCAACCGGCAGCGAAAGUGGUUCAUAUGUGGAUUGCGCAGAUGUUGAUCACACAACACUUGAGGAUUACACAUCUCGAAGCCUUUCGUCCGAAAAUCUUUUACUUAUGUCUAGAAGUUCGGGAGACAUGGAUAAUAAUAUGAAGGGUGAAAAGCCAAUCGAUUUGUUGAGAAGAGUAUAUGGGAAUGAUAAAUGUGCUGAUUGUGGUGCAUCUGAGCCAGACUGGGCAUCGUUAAACCUUGGUAUUCUUAUAUGUAUCGAAUGUUCUGGUGUUCAUCGUAAUCUUGGAGUUCAUAUAUCAAAGGUGAGAUCACUGACACUAGAUGUUAAAGUGUGGGAAUCAUCUGUAAUAAAUCUAUUUCAGUCACUGGGAAAUGUCUAUGCAAACUCAAUCUGGGAGGAGUUGUUGCACUCUCGGAGUGAAAAUGGAAAAUUUUUUCCACCAGAUAACAGGACUAGGGGAGCCUCCAAGAUUGACAGAAGUAAACAGUUUAUUGUGCGAAAACCUAGUCAUGAUGAUUCUAUAGCAGUAAAGGAGUACUACAUUCAUGCCAAGUAUGCAGAAAAAAUUUUUGUUCACAGGUCAAAGGAGACUGAGCAUCUCCUUUCAGUGGCGCAAGAGGUGUGGGAAAGUGUCCGUGAUAAUGACAAGAAAGCAGUCUACCGCCAAAUUAUCUGCUCUAAAGUCAAUGUCAAUGCGAUCCAUGGGCAAGCUUCAUAUCAACCUCUUUCUUUGGUGAAAUCGAUGCAACAAGAAAAUCUGGAAAACAGUAAAAGAAAAUCCGAUUCCUUUUCAGAGGAAUCAUUUGAGGAUACGUUGCGCUAUUUGGACUCGUUGAGUGAGCAUGAAGAUGAGCAGAUAGAAGGGUAUUCUGAUGGCUGUUCACUGCUUCAUCUUGCCUGCCUGACUGCUGAUAUUGGCAUGGUGGAACUUCUCCUACAGUACGGUGCAAACAUAAAUGCUCUUGAUUCAAGAGGUAGAACGCCGUUGCAUCAUUCUGCAAUUAGUGGGAAAACUGCCGUUGCAAAACUGCUGCUUGCAAGGGGAGCUGAUCCGCAAGCUGUUGAUAGAGAUGGUAAAACUCCAUUCCAGCUAGCAUCUAAAUCCUUACACCAGAAUGAGGUUUUUGGCACAAACAGAUGUGACACAAGAAGAGAAUUACCCAAAGGAAGAGAAAGGGGGAUUUCCAGUAAGGUUUGAUUAGACGACCGUUGUGUAAUUAUCAUAGACAAAUGGCACUGUCUGCCUCCUCCUGCCUUCGGUUCAAACCCAACAUAUGUAAUGUAGUCAUGAGGUUGAGGACUUCUAUCAAUCCCAAAAAAAAAAAAAGGGCUUGCGUUGAGGGCUACAAUCACGUUUUUUACGGUUGAGGCUCUGAUGUAGGUGCUCUUCUGCCUCUUCAAUAGUUGUCAUUCUCCCUUUAUUAGGAUUUAGGUCCCUGUACAUAAGAACUCAGAAAUUCCAUGACACAAUGCCAGCAGGAAAAUGCACAAUGCUCAACCUUUAAGGACAAAUCAUUUAGUAAAAAAAUAAAAACUAACACCAUUUGAAAAUCAAGUACAUCUUCUCAAGAAAGAUGUUUUAUUAAGGGGGGAACAUUAGUUAGUAAUGCUGAAACUUAGUUUAUAAACUGUUGUAAAUUUUCUGUCACAUAUAAAACUGGGAUUUGAUAGCGCCCAGUAUGUAGAAAUAAAAUUCACAUGUUUAUGCA